GUUUAUCAUCAGACCAUGACUCCAUCCUGGCUGGUGAUGUAUGCGUCCUACAUUGACAGCUCACGUUCGCAAACCGCUUCACAGCUCACAUUCAACGCAGGCUCGAUUCAAGACGCUGCUCUUUUGAAGGUUCCCCUUGUACAUGCUGGUUGCCUGCGAGAUUUCACGCCGCUGACCGUUGAAAUCACAGUCGUCCAUGACGUCAGCAUAGGCCAAGGAUCGGACAGCGAUAUCAAAUAUGGCAUAUCAGACGGUACCAGAUUCGUUGGAUUUUUUACUGUGGACAAGUUAAAUUUUAACGAUCCGAGGGCUCCGUGCUACGGAGUAGAAGGUGUUUCGGGUGCAACUUUCACUGCUCCGAGCUAUGAGCCACUCUUACCAAAACCCAGCGAUUCUUUCUACCCCGGUCAGUACGUCAUCACUCUCAAGUUGGAUCAACGCUGGGGGUCGUGCUACACAGCGCAUGACGCAGGCUUCGUGAGAACCGCUGGCUAUAACAACCGACUGUUGUUCAGCAACGGACUCACACUCGAGGUGUACAAAGCUGACAAAGCCGAACGAGUUGGUAUCAAGUACAUAAAAGUCACCAUCGUGGAAGAUGCUUAUUAGAGCAGAAAAAAUCAAAUCUGUACA